AUGAACAGGGAGUCGAGAUACAAAAGUUGGGGGCCAGCCGGGGGGGAUUUGCUGACACGCGACGAACUGCUUGCCGUCGCCUGGCAGAUCAGCGACGCGCUGACAUUCCUCUCCUCAAAAAAUAUCAUCCACCGCGAUGUGGCCGUGCGGAAUGUGUUGAUGGGCGGGCAGAAGUUGGCCAAACUAGCCGAUUUCGGUCUUUGCCGGCAGACGUCCCUUUUCUAUACAUCACGCGGCGGUCGAUUGCCGAUUAAAUGGAUGGCGCCGGAGAGUUUGCAAACCUCCGAAUUUUCGGAAAAAUCUGACGUAUGGUCAUUCGGCGUGCUCCUCUUCGAGCUGUACACAUUUGGGGAUUCGCCAUUUGUUGCCGUCGAUUCGAAUGAAAUUUUCCAACUGGCCACGUCAUGCUGCCAAUUCGACGCCGGUCAACGCCCACAUUUCGAGCAAAUUCGCCGGCUGCUCUACGCGGCUCUCGACGGCCAACGAAGUCACUACGGGUAUCUCGACGUCGGCCACGCCCCCCAUCACCAUGAUCUCAUCGAAGAAACGGAAAAU